AUGAGAUACACUCAGUACACCCUGGCGGCCACUCUGGUCGCUGGCGCCGCUGCGGCCGGCGGUCACCAGCACGGCCACCAGCAGUUUCACGCUCGCCAUGUCGCCCAUGUGGAGGAGCGCGACGCACCCGACGCUGUCACUGCUUGGGUAGCCGGUCCCACCGAGACCGUCUACGUCCUUGACGGCGAGCUGAUUGAGGCCGACGAGGCCAAGGACCGCAUCGACGGAGGUGAACUGACCAUCGUCGGCGAGUCGACCCCGACGUUCGUCCCUCCCCCGCCACCAGCGAAGCCAACAACCACCGCCGAGGCGCCUGAGCUUGGUGCCCAGUUCAUCGAGAAGGUCACCACCAGCUCCGAAGUCCCCGAGCCCGAGCCCGAGACGACCACCAGCUCUGCGGUCCCCACGACUUCCGCUGCGCCCCAGAAGUCGUCGACUCCCAAGCCCGUCACCGGCGGCGGUGUCGACACUCCGUUCCCCGAUGGUGAGAUCAAGUGCUCCCACUUCCCCUCCGACUAUGGUGCCGUCAGCCUUGACUGGCUCGGCUUCAACGGGUGGGCCGGUCUUCAGCAGGUUCCCGACUAUGUCUUGGGCUCAUUGAAGAGCAUCGUUGACAUCCACACUGGCAUUUCCGGAGACGACUGCGAGUCGGGCACCAUGUGCUCCUAUGCUUGCCCUCCCGGCUACCAGAAGAGCCAGUUCCCCGAGGCUCAGGGCAGCACCUUGGAGUCCAUUGGCGGACUCUACUGCGACAGCGAGGGCAUGCUCAGGCUGACCCACGAUCCCAACGGCGACGGCGAGUACCCUCUUUGCACGAAGGGUGAGGGUGGUGUCUUCAUCCAAAACGACCUCGAUGAGGUUGUCUCCACCUGCCGCACCGACUACCCCGGCACCGAGGGCAUGUACAUCCCUGCUAUUGCUGGCCCCGGCGACAAGGUCGAGCUUUGCAACCCCGACCAGAGCUACUACACCUGGGACAACAAGGGCACCUCUGCCCAGUACUACGUCAACCCCAAGGGCUUCGACAAGGAGGAGGCCUGCAUUUGGAAGAGCGACAAGUUCCCCGACAAGCUCGGCAACUGGGCUCCCGUGAUCGCUGGUGUCGGCUACACUGAUGAUGGCAACACAUUCCUCUCCAUCUUCCAGAACGCCCCAAUGAGCACGGCCAAGCUGGACUUCAACAUUGAGAUUGUCGGCGAUGUCAACUCCAAGUGCUCCUACAUCGACGGCAAGUGGACCGGCGGCAGCAACGGCUGCACGACUGCCUUCAAGAAGGGUGGCAAGGCCACCUUCCGUUACUUCUAA